AACUUGGUGGCACAAGCUAGGAAAAACUUGAUCCUAUUCCAGGAAUAAGAUGAGGGUUUUUAUGUUAGUUACAUUCAGAUUUAAGGUAUUUGGAAUUUAACUUGGCAGAAAUACCAAUAUGGUGCAUUGAAUGUGCCCAUUUGAAUAAAUCUGUGCACAGUCAAAAAGUUUCCCACUGGUCUGACUCACAUCCAGGACCAGGUUUUAUGGCCUUGGCUGCUGACUGUGUUUAACCAGAAGUAACUCUGUUUCUGUCCAGUACAAAUCUGAGUUUGAUCUAGCUUGCUCUGUGUGUUGCUAGCCAGUUUAUGGCACGUGGGCACCAAAAGAUUCAGUCACAACAGAAGAAUGCCAAGAAGCAGGCAGAGAUGAAGAAGUCCAAGGGUCAUGAUCAAAAGACUGCAGCCAAAGUGGCACUAGUAUUUACCUGCUCUGUGUGCAAGUCCCAGAUGCCUGACCCAAAAACUUUCAAGCAGCACUUUGAGAGCAAGCACCCCAAAUCCCCUCUUCCUCCUGAGUUAGAGGGAGUGGAGGCGUAAAUGGCCAUCCUGGAUACCAAACUCCUAAAGGCCCCGAAUCAACUCUGCACUUGACAGAAAUGGAUGAUUUUAUGUGGAUGGAUGAUUUAACCAACAUGAAGCAGUUGUCUGUCUUUUAACAUGCCAGGUUGCCUUUGAUGCAAUGCUUCCUCCCGAUCUUACAUGUUUGUACUUGUAUUUGAAUACAUGCAGGGCUACUGUAGACCUGUACGAUCAAUGAACACAGACUUGCUGCCUGGAUAUGUUGAGCAUAUGGGAGUAUUUCUUGCUGCUAGUUGCUGUACCUCUUUAUCCGAAGCUUUGGUGGAUUUAACACUUACAGACAAUAUGCCACAUGAGGUAAAAUCACUAUAUCCUCACAAAGUAUGGGUUUGGCUUGGGUGGGGCAAUUCUGACUUUGUUGCACUUAUAGCAAUGAGAAAAGUGACCUCAUUUAUUUUAAUAGUACUGUGAGUACUGAAUCAAAAGGAGGCUAUGACACCUUUUUUUUUCUAGUUUUACACACUGUAAUUCAUCCAUAGCUCUGUCUGCGCCGUUAUACUACAAUCUUUCAUUUAGAUAAACUAAUUUUGAUGUAAGAUCAUAAAAAUGUGAAACUUUGCCAGCCAUUUUCAGUCUGCUGUACAAAUUUGUUUGUUAAUAAAGUCAUAUCAUAGCCUGCCAGCAACAUUUGUAUGCUUGGAAAAUUAAUGGAUGCUCCAAUGAUAUACCAUUUUAUUAAAUCUUACUUGAUUGUA